CAGACUGUGCCGUGUAUACAGCAGUCUUGUCCCAGGGUCGGAUCUUGUUUGUUGUGCACCACCAUGGAUCGCGCGUCAAACCUGGUGCCAAAGCCUUUCCCGGGAUGUUUACGCAUCGCGCUGCUCUGCGUCCUGCAGCUGAGAGCGUUCACCCAGCAUGCCCCAGAGUGCUACCCGGGAGGUCACCGGACCUUACGCAACCCCUACCGCAGCAUCGACUUCGACUCCACCGAGAUCCAGAACACCGCCAUCCAGGACCUGGUCUGUGACCACUCGCUGGUGGCCGGCUGGUACCGCUUCAGCAUCAACGGCAAGCCAGCGGAAAUGCCGACCAGCUGUGUGGAGAUGAACCGAUGUGGGACCCAGGCACCGGUCUGGCUGUCACUGAGGGACGGCCCCCUGCCUCAGCCCGGCGAGGUCCGGCAGCUAUCUGCCUGCGCCACCUGGCAGUUCUUCCACGGCAGCAACAAGGACUGCUGCCUCUUCCGCAUCCCCAUCACAGUGCGCAACUGCGGGGACUUCCUUGUCUAUUACCUGCAGCCCACCCAGGGGUGUAUGGGCUACUGUGCAAAAGUCGUACCAGAAUUUGGACCCAGAUGGUGUCCGCCAGGUGAAGAGGAGGUCAAUGGACGUUGCAAAGCAAUCCUCCCGGCCUUAACCUCCAGGCCAGUGAUCACCCCUGAGCUGAUCGGCCCAAGCGUCCACCUGCGAUGCACCUUCGUCAGGGUGACCUCCAUCCAGACAGUGGGCUACCGGGUGGUGUGGGCCCGGCACAUCGGCCAUAGCAUGAAGGCAGAGAUCCGGCAGGAGUCCACGCUGAAGCCCUUCUCCCUGGCGGAGAUGGAUGGUGUUCACUUCAGGCUGGGCGAAACGUUCUCCUGCAGUGUGUCCACCUUCAGAGCCAACUACAGCCACAGCACAUCGUCACCUAAAGAGAGCGAGAGUUUCUUCGCUGGCCUGAAGUUUUCCCCAGAGUCUCUCCAGAUUGCUGAGGACAGUAAGGAGCAUGAGGUGACCAUCCACAGCACGGUGCCCCUCCCCUGUGCAGGACCACGACACGUCCACCAGUGUGGCGUCUCCCUGACCCUGAGCAUCCAUGACCCAGACAGUCUGGGCCAGGAGGCGCCCAACGUGGCCCUGACGACCUGCCAGGUGGAGAUCCAGCCAACCCCCUGUGAGGACAGGAGCUGCGGCCGGGCGGCCUUCAUCCUCAAGGCUGUCACGGACUUCACUCGCGACGGGAACCGGCCCAGCCUGAUCAGCGCCCUGCCCACUUCCAGUGCCCCUCGCCUCUGGAGGAGCUAUGCCCCCGCUCCCCUGAAGGUCACAGUUCAGGACGUUCCUACUUCCAUGUGCCACUCCCUGACUGACCCGCAUGUCAUCACCCUGGACGGCAGGCGGUAUGAGAACCACCAGACGGGAACGUUCGUCCUGUACCGGAGCCUGGCCAGAGAGUUCGAGGUGCACGCUCGCCAGUGGGACUGUGGCAGCCGGCACUACGCCGUGGCCUGCAGCUGCGGUGUGGCCGUGCGAGAGGGGAACGAGGUUGUGGUCUUCGACAUGUGCAACGGGCAGCCCCAGGAGACCAGGCCCCAGCUUAGUGUGAAGACCCGGGCGGACGACAAAAGCGGCCGGGUCCGGGUCCGGGUCCUCGAGUCGCAUCAGGGAAGGAAGGUUACUUUCAUCUUUCCUUCGGGGGCCUUGGUCAGGGCUGAUGUCAGUGAUUGGGGGAUGAGCCUGGUGGUCAGGGCACCCAGCACCGACUAUGGCAACACGCGAGGGCUCUGCGGCACCUUCGACCGUAACGGACACAAUGACUUCCACGGUUCAGGCACCGUUACCUAUGGAAGUGAGGACCUACAGCGCUUCAUCAAGGACUGGAGGAUAGCUCCCGGUGAGAGUUUAUUUGACAAGAUGCCACCGGAGACAAGGCAGGGAGUCCAGAGACCCUUCUGUCAAUGCCGAAAAGAGUAUGACAUACCCCAGCAUGCCGCAGGAGGGAUGGGGAACUCAUAUAAUCCCUCUGCUCACUCUGUCUGUGUGGCCCACGAUGACGUAGACUACACAUCCCUGUUCCCAUCCUUGGACACCACACUGGAGUAUGUCAAGAGUUCAGACAAAGUGGAAUCCAUCUUGGGUAUGUCAGCUUUCAGCAGCCAUCCUCUCGAGAGUCGGCACCUGCAUUUGAACAAGGAGUACGGACAAAACGGACCCACAAAGGAUGCUGAUUUGGAUGGAGAUUUACGGAAAGACCUCCUCAUCUCCAUGAAGCGGCCCAGGAGACAAACCUCAUUCGAAUUCCAGCCCAUCUUCACGGCGCAGAGCCUGAGCCAGGCCGAUCUGGAGAGCUUUGCUUACUUUUUCCCGGAGGAUCACCUGGCAGAGCCACGGCCGGAGGUACACCCCCGCUGGCCCACGCCCAGCGGCCUGACCUCGGCCAAAGCCCUGGAGGUGUGCCAGGGAGCACUUGCCAACUCCACCGUUGGCGCGGUGUGCCGGGGCCUGCUGGGCCGUCGUCUGGAUGAGGCUGUGGAUCUGUGCAUCUUGGACCUGCAGCUAAAAGAUGACCUGGCCUGGGAUGAGGCACUGGUGCCCUUUCUGGAGAAUGAAUGUGAGAGGCGGUGGCUGGAGAACCGAAUGCAGCAGGCCUUGGAGCUGUCCGGUUUGCCGGGAAUGGACGGAGAGGUUGUGACCGCCCUGCGAUGCCCCAACUUCUGCAACGGGAAUGGGCAGUGCACCGAGUGGGGGUGUCAAUGCCUCCCCAGCCACAGCUUCUACGACUGCAGCCUGGCUAUCAGUCAGCCAGUAGAGGUAACAGACUUGGAGAACAGUGGCUUGUGUGACAUCAGAGUGUUCGACUGUCGCAGCGUGCGAGUCUUCGGCCUCGGUUUCAUCGACUCUUCCGACCUCAGCUGCCAUGCCACUAGACUCACGUACAUGAAUGGUGUUUGGGUACCAGGAGAGAAGCAGCGGACCAAAGCCACCUUCCUCAGCUCCAAGGCUCUGGACUGUGCCGUCCCUUCGCUCAGCAGCACGGCGGUCCACACAGAAGACUUCAUGAUGGAUGACAAGCCCUAUGCUCGCUGGGAGAUGAAGGUGACCAAUGACGGCUCUCAGUACAGCCAUGCCAAGGUGCUGACGAUCUACGAUGGCAUGUGCCAGGUCUGCGAGGCCUCGCGCUCUGGACUCUGUAAGUUAAAGGAGAGGACAUGCAACAUAGAUGGGAUGUGUUUCAUAGAGGGAGACUCCAAUCCCAGCAGCCCUUGCCUCCUGUGUGACCCAGAUACCUCCAAAUUCUCCUGGUCUGUGAAUAAAGUCAACGCUCCGCCCACCUUCCACCGGCUUCAAGGCGACCUGCGUACGUUCGCGGGGGAGAACUUUGUCUUCCAGUUCGCAGCGUCAGACCCCGAGGGCUCGGCCCUGCUCUUCCAGCUGGAGGAGGGGCCGGACAACGCUGUCCUCUCGCCGGCCGGCCUCCUCAUCUGGAGGGUCCCCACCGAGGAGAGACGGGCGUGCUUCUUCCGCUUCACACUGUCGGACGAGUGCAAUGCCCAAAGCACUUCCACAGUGGAGGUGGCUGUGGUGCCAUGCGGCUGUCAGAACGGAGGCUCAUGUGUGACAGACAUCAGUUUCCCUGCCGGCAGCGGGAGGUUCCUGUGUGUUUGUCUGGAGGGGACGGGCGGAGACCUCUGCCAGGAGAGCAUGGACAGGUGUGCGUCCAGUCCGUGCGUGACAGGCGUGUGUGUCAACAUGGCUGACGGGUACAAGUGCGAGUGCCCCGCAGGACUAAGAGGUGUAACAUGCUUGGAGGACAUUAACGAAUGUGAGAGGAAGCCCUGUUUCCCAGGAGUCCAGUGUUUCAACAGCUUUGGCUCCUUCAGUUGUGGCCCCUGCCCUAAAGGCAUGAGGGGAAAUGGGACUGCGUGUAAAGGAGUUUUAAGGCAAGGCACCACUCCUCCAUCUGCUCCUCGUUCAACCAUCUACAAGAUCCCAGAUGUUCUCCAACAACCAUCCAAACCUAAGACAGACGCUUUCCGGAAGACUUCAAGUGUUCGCUCCACCCAGACUAAACCAAACACAACUGAAACAGUCCCAGGUAUUGUCCUAGACCUGUCCGAAACCAAGAGUUCCACUUUGAGCAAGGUUCCAGGAAUUAUCCUCAACCCUUCCCAAAGUCACACAAACCCUUCGAGGAAUAUCUCAGGAACUACACCCAACCUGUCACAAACCAAGAAAGACACUUUGAGGAAUGCUGGGGUAGUUAUCCCUGAACCCUCUCAUACUGAAACAGGAACUGCCAAGGACAGCCCAGGAACAACACUAGACCCAGCCGGACAUAAUCUGGCCAAAUUCAAGGAGUCCAUCACCGAGACGCCAGUUGCAGUCCAGCCAACAGGGAAUGGAAGACCACCAGCUGGGUCCACUCAGUCCCCAUCUGUCAACGUGUCCUUCACGUGUGCCACCAGGCCCUGCUUCCCCGGCGUGCAGUGCAUCAACCGCCGGCCGCCACACGUCGGCUACGUCUGCGGCCGCUGCCCGCCUGGGCUCCAUGGAAAUGGACGCGUCUGUACAAAGAAGGCCAAAACUGUAUCCAACCACCUGCCUCAGCAGCAGACACUAGGCAAGAGCAGUCGAUCCCCGAAUGGCGGUGGGGGAAGUAAAGUCUCCCAGCUCCACCUUCCCCCUCUGCCCCCCCGGCACGGAAUCAAACACCUGUCCUCGUCUGUUACCAGAGCCAGCCACCUGCGCCCAGGUCUCACACCAGGCCGUGGAGGAGGGACAGGAAGGAGGGAGGCAGUUACCGCCACUGCUGAUGUCUCUAAACUGUCGACUGCCACCCUCCGUCUCACCACAGAUGCCCAUGUCAUUCGCCAAAGUGUUAAACCCAGAACCAAUGCCAGGAUUCACACCAGAACCGGCAUUACAACCCCCACAGAGUUUGUUGUGCCCCAUGUGACUGUCUCUAAGACCACCAAGUCCUCCAAGAUAAGUUUGCCAGCUCCUCACCCCUCCCCUGUUCCAGGCGCAGUGACACGGUCCAAGCAGGCAGUCCACCCGGCGACCACGCAGACCAAACCUUGGACACCUCCUAAACCCGCCCCUCCACUGACAGCAGCCCUCACUGCUCUCUCCUUCUCCCUCUCUGAGUCAGAGUUCUCUGCAGAUGGAGAUGAGACAGAACUCCCGUCAGAGGGCCAGCAAUUCAUGCAGGUUUUACCUGGCCUGCCCAUCAUGACGCUGGGCAGGAGGUUCAAUGGUUCCCCCUUCUCUAGAGAUACCACAGUCCAGCCAGGAGCCAGGACUAGAGCAUCAGCAGACCAGGCUUCAACGUCAUGCGUGGACCGGCCUUGCUUCCCAGGGGUCCAGUGUGAGCCAGCCAAGGAAGGAGGCUUCCACUGCAGCAGAUGCCCUGUAGGAUACACUGGAAAUGGCCUGACCUGCAGAGCGGUUUGUAGGCGUCCAUGUGGCAGAAACAUGGAGUGUGCUGCCCCCAACACAUGCCGCUGCAAACUGGGCUACACCGGCAUGGACUGUAAGACAGCCAUUUGUCAGCCGGAGUGUAGGAACGGAGGAGUGUGUGUCGCCCCAGGGGUGUGCGAGUGUGUUGGAGGUUAUCAUGGCGAAACAUGCGAGGAAGCUCUUUGCACUUUGCCCUGCCAAAAUGGAGGUACCUGCGUUGGACCCCAAACCUGCUCCUGUCCUUACGGUUUUGUCGGACGUCAUUGUGAGACUAUGGUGUGUAACCGUCACUGUCACAACGGAGGCCAGUGUGUUUCUCCUGAUGAGUGCACGUGCCAGUCAGGCUGGACCGGACCAUCUUGUCAGACAGCUCUUUGCACUCCUGUGUGUCUGAAUGGAGGUUUGUGUGUUAGACCCAACACCUGCGAGUGUCCCCAUGGCUUCUAUGGUGUACGGUGUCAGAAUGCUGUGUGCAACCCCCCUUGUAAGAAUGGAGGUGUAUGUAUAAGGAACAAUGUCUGCUCCUGUCCGGAUGGAUACACUGGGGGACACUGCGAAAAAAGUGUGUGUGAGCCCAUGUGUAUGAACGGUGGGAGGUGUGUGGGUCCAGACGUGUGUGACUGUCCAUCAGGAUGGCGAGGGCGGCGGUGUGACAAACCUUCCUGUCUGCAGAAGUGUCUGAACGGAGGAGAGUGUGUCGGUCCAAACACGUGCCACUGCCCCCCAGGGUGGCAAGGCAUGCUGUGUCAAAUCCCACACUGUGAGCAGAAGUGUCUGUAUGGAAGCCGCUGUGUCCGUCCCAAUAUAUGCGCCUGCAGAAGUGGUUACUCAGGCUCUCUGUGUUCCCGGAAGGUAAGCUGCAGUUCACACGGAGUUUAAAGGAAAGCGAGAGGAAAUUGGCCAAAGUGAUAAGUUUCUCAACACUGAAGCAAUUUAGUGACGUUUUUUGAAGAUGCUAUCAUAAUGCCCUUCAUUUUAGAGUG